GGGGGAAGUGGUCGGUUUCCAUGGAGUUAAAAGUAGUCAGGAUAUAAACAGAGGCCGAGCUGGAAGAGAAAGCUUGCCGAAAAUAAUGGAGCAACCGGAAACGUAUCGCUUCCACCCGAAGCGCAAGGCUUGGGCUGCAAACGAGCGCAGCGGAGAAGGCGCCGGGCUGCCGACCCGAUGAGAUGAGCAGCCGGCAAAGAGUUUUUGCGCUCGCCAGGUGGGUCGCUGUCUGAUUUACUGGGAGGCUCUUCCGAUGCGGAGGGAGGAGGGAGUCAUCUGAGAAGAAACUAGUCAUCCCUGGUCAGGGCGGCAUCUGAAACCGCCCGGCGCGGCAGUCGGAAGAGUGGUCGCUGCGCUUCAGCGGAGACGACCGGCGCGCAAUGGCAACAGACCAAGAACGAUAGUCAACGGGCAGAGAGAGACGCAGGGAUUCAUCUGGGCGCCCAAUCUGGAACUAACCCUCAUUGUGCAUGGGCGGGGGAUAUUAACCAGAGCGAAUCACCUGGAGCCCGGGUUGACACAGCAAUUUCAAGCGAGGAGAGCGGAGGAGUUAAAAGGGGAGGGGCCGGCGGCUAGUUGAGGAAUAUGGCGGAACAGAAGAACAUCCAGUCGGCGGCCAGUAAGAGUAUCCGCCCGUUCAGAUCCAGCGAGGAGUAUCUGUACGCUAUGAAGGAGGACUUGGCCGAGUGGCUCAACGCCCUGUACGAUCUGGACGUACAUGUGGACUCUUUCAUGGAAACACUGGAGACGGGAUGUGCCCUGUGCCAACACUCCAACAACGUCAACCAGACUGCCCUGGAGUUUGAGCACAAGUGCCCGGAGGUGGCCAAGAGGAUGAAGGUUCCCCGCAACGGAGUGACUUUCGCCUCCAAGAACGUGCAGCCCGGCUCCUUCAUCGCCAGGGACAACGUGUCCAACUUCAUUGACUGGUGCCGUCAUGACCUGGGCAUCCAGGACGCGCUGAUGUUCGAGACCAACGACCUGGUCCUCCGCAAGAACGAGAAAAACUUCGUGCUAUGCCUGCUGGAGGUGGCCAGGCGGGGGUCCAAGUUCGGCAUGUUGGCCCCGAUGCUGAUCCAGAUGGAGGAGGAGAUCGACGAGGAGAUCCGCGACGCGUUGGAAGAGCCGCUCGACGAGGAGACGUUCCGUCCCCGAGCCCAGAGGAGGCUGUGUGACUUUAAAAAUCUGGACGCCAUGGUGCGUGAGAUUCUUGGCUACUGCUCUUGUCCUUCCCAGUUCCCUAUGACUAAAGUAUCCGAGGGCAAAUAUAAAGUUGGUGAGACCAGCACGUUGAUCUUCAUCAGAGUUCUGAGGAAUCACGUGAUGGUACGUGUUGGAGGAGGCUGGGAUACCCUUGAGCACUAUCUCAACAAGCAUGAUCCCUGUAGGUGUGCAUCGUCAACACAUCGCUAUCAACCAGUGAAACCUCAGUCCAAGACUUCCCUGAGCAACAGCCCUCUCGCCUCCAGAGCCCCAAGUCCCGGACCGCAUCGCUUUUCCGAAGGCCCGAAUAUCUCAAGGCUACCUGAUAAUGCCAGGCAUGUGGACAAGCGGACAACCUCUGCGGCGGAGUUGUCAGCCGUGAAACAAAAUGGAUUAUCUGCCGCAACACGGGACAGACCAUUCAGCCCAACUAACAGUGGAAACAAAAGUGAGACACCAAGGUUUCAGAAUACAUCUGGCAAUCCAGCUGAGUUGGCAAAUAAACGCUUCCAGCAAACACCAGACCCAGGAAGGACUAUCUCAUCUCGGUCAUACGACUGGUCAGAACCAAGGAUUUCUGGUCCUGGGAGACAAAGGGAAUCGUCCAUACCACGACGGCAAGCGGGAGAACAGGCAUCCACCAAGAGGGGCCGACAGAAAACGUCAUUCACCCCUCGGAAACUCUCGAGUGACGACGUGCUGAUCAUAGACCGGAGAGAUGGGAUGCACUUUGUACAGCGGCCGGCAGCUCAGCGUCGUCCAGUUGAGAAGGCCGUUGAGGUGAAGCGAAGAAGCCAGUCAUCCGACCCGCUGAAGCAGUUUUCCGAGCGCGAUGGGUCGGUCCGCCAGCUCAGUGCGUACUCAUCGCAACGGGGCAGGUCCCGCCUGCCCCGGGAACCCUCCAGAGCCCCUUCCAACCCAAGCCAGAACUCGCCCGUGUCCGUCAAGGGGAAAGCUCAACACAGCGACGGACCGAGCCAGUGGGGAAGAGAAGCUCCGCGCUCCCGGGGCCAAGCGGGCGACAGGGGGGAAGCCGAUAAGAGAGCGGCCAGGGUCAAAUCCCCCGCCCGAUCCAGAAGCCAAGCUGUGACCAGGCAACCGAAGUGUCCCAGCACUCCUUCCACUGCCAAGAGCAAGCCAUCCAUCAACGCAGCCAGGUCUUGCAGCCCCGCGCCCAAAGCUUACGCAGCCAGACCGCCGCUCUCCGUGCCCCGGUCCGCCGCGGGCCCUCACCGCGUUUUGUGCUACGAUAAGAACCAGAACGUGAUCAGCGUGGAUUCCGGGCGCCGGCGGUCUUCCAGCAGUUGCUGCGGUACAAGCGGCUGUUCCCCAAAUUCAGAGGCGGAGAGUUUGGACCCGGCUCAGGCUUUCGAUUCCCUUACAGAAGACGAACUGUACAGGAGCUUCGAGGAGGAGUUUCUGGCCAACUCGCGGCAGAUCUCCCUGGACAGCAAUGGUACUGAGGACAGUGAAACGUUUCUAGUCACCGGAGAAAGCCAGCCAGUCGCUGAAGCACGGCAGGAGACUACAGAUUCUGCAUCCGGACUGGCCACUGUCAAUGACCCGGGAACGGAUGCAGAAACACUGACCCGGAUCCCACCAGAGAGGACUAACAGCCCGGGGCUGGGGAAAACCCGGCCACAGAAUGGUCUGGACAUUGCAGGCGGCUUGAACUGGAAUGGAGAAGGCCUAGAUGGCCUAAAUGUUGUAAAAACGAUAGAGAAGGUAAGGGAGACCGUCCUCUUGAGUCCUCAGGGUGAAACAGAAUUAUAUACAUUCGAACUCCGCUGUGCCUCCGAACGCCUGGGCCCCCCUGACGAGGGGAAGGUACAAAAUGGACAGAUCCCCGAGUUCACUGUAGAGAACAGAACUAGCCCCCUGUGUCUGUGCGAUGAUCCAGGAUACGAGAACAGCGAGGGGUCCGUGAUUGAGACAUCCAGCGAGUCUUCCAUCAACCUCCACCUUAACUCGCCCGCUGUCCAAAUGAGGCCGAGGAACGGACUGAAGAAACCCGACCGAGUGCCUUCCGUCUACAAGAUGAAGCUGCGCCCCAAGGUCCGGCCGCGGACGGACAAUCGGCCCGAGAAGAGGCCCUCGAAAAUCCCCACCCCGAUCAACUGGAGGCAAGGGCAGAAAUCUCCGCUGGACGGGAGCCACUCCCGGAGAAAACUGAAACACAAACUGAUCCUGUGCAGUGAAGACCUCCAGAGUUCAAGAGAGGAUCUGCCGCCCUCGCCCUCCUCUGAUGGCGAGAGAGCUCCAACCCACAACGAUAUCGAGGGCUCCUGGGUUUAAUCCUCGAUGUUUACGUCUCAGGAGUUCCUUCGCUUUACGCCUUCCAUUUGUAUUAACCAUGUCAUUAAAUGUAUCUCAGGUCGAAUGCAAGGCAGGUGUGUGUGGAGAAUUAACCUCCCACUUGGCUGCAACGUCGUUUGGUUGGAAAGAGGGAUUCGGCCAGGUGAGGUCCUUGGGAAUCGCCAGGAACCGGGCAGAUUUGCUUGUUCGUAUUCUUGCGGUUCGCUGAUACCUGAUGCACAUUGGAGGGAUUGUUUUACUCGUUCAUCAUUUACAAACCGGGCUUCCUCACUAGACGGCGCCCUUGUCUAGAGGGGGUGGAUGGAGAGACGAUUUGAAGUGUAACAGAAAAUGGCGUCGGCCAUUAGUUAUUUACCUGAUUAGGUGCGGCGGGUCAGAGUGGGCAAUUGACCCGGGCUGUGGGAACUGGGCAUUGAUUAAAAGGGAAGCAUGUCCUUACAUUUCCCCCCCCCCCCCCCACACACACACACACACAACCCCGCGCAUUCCACUGACACUUGGGCGAGGUUUAGUGCUGUUCGUGCCUUGAUAUCAUGGCGCUUGUGUUUUUUUAUCCCCUGCAUCGGUGCAUUUUGGAGUGAAAAUUGGAGACAGGAUGGGGAAAGACGAUGGCCGCUGUUACCUGUAGCAGUUCAAAGAAUCUAAACCUAAUGCUGACCAUUCUAUAUCUAGCCUUCUACUUAGUAACCAACCAAUGUACUUAAUAACUACUUCGUGUGCAAUGAAUAAUCUCCGUGCUAAUUUGUCACUGUGAGCCCUGAGCUGUGUGUCUUGGCGCUUUGGACGCCUGACUUAUUGUUAGGUAGGAGCUGUGGAAUUUUAAACUGGAGCCUUCACAUUCCAUUCACUGGGGUCGAAAACGCUAAACGCUAAAGCGCACAAUUCAACAUAACUUGUAGCGGACUUCUCCGAAGGCUAAAUGUAACCGGAGCCAUUGACGCGCUACCGCGCCAGCCCGUUAUAACCCGGACUGCCAACGGUUGUAUCUUUAAAACUGCCCUGUCGAUCACGGCUUUCAAGGUGGCACGUUAAGGAACCAGAAAUCAGGAGACUUGGGUGCGUUUCCUCGGAUAGCGCUGUGACAUUUGAUGCGUUGUUUGCACAGUAAACUCUCAAACUUACAAUCAAUCCAUUUUACGGUGUUGCCCACCGGUGAGACGGGGAGUGCUACGCUUCUGGAUUCAUGCUGCUAACAGUGGAGUGCGUGAGGCACACCCAUGUCUCCAAUGCGUAAUUUCCAGCCUGCGGAUUGUAUUUAUCUCAGGAACCCGAUAAAUCAGUUUGCGUCCAUCUUGCAAGUUUAGAAAACAGUUAAGAAAGCAGUACUGGAUAUGGAGGCCAGCUGUAGUUCACGCACUGCGCCUUGUCCUAAGGCUCGUCAUCCGCAAGCACUAUUCGUUUCCUAGACCUUGCAUAGAAGAUCAUAAUAUGAAUGCGAUCGACGCGCUGUCAGUCGCAGCAGAGUGUAUCAGCAAAGAGCUUUAAACACUUAUUUGGAGGCGGUUUCACAAGUGUGAUUUAUUUUCUAAGGCGUUCUCUGUCGGGGGAUUGGAGAAAGAACUUGUAUAAAUUUCUGUGCAACAAUUUUCCCUCCUUGCUGUCGGGUUCUCGGACGUCUUCCAAAGCCCAGCGAGCUGGUUAGUCCAGUCGAGCAAGGGGGUUUCACCACUUCCUCGUAACAUCUGGAGGGUGUCCCGCCCCAGCAUCUCGGCCAUCCUCCGGUGCGCCACGGUGACCCCUGCGUCAGGUUCUGUCGCUUUGCUGGUGGCUGCUCAGAAUCGCUUGGCAAAUGCCAAACAACCGAGCCGAUGUCGUGGGCGGUUUGGGAGCCCCAAACAGGUCCCCGCACACUGAGGCGAGACGGGGGGGAUUGUGGUCACCAUCUAAAGUGGAGAGGGGAAAUAGCGCGGAACCGGUCACCCUGGUGCCCGAGGGGGCCGCGGUGGCUUUGCCAUUCGUUCUUAAUCCGCCUCAUGUUUCUGCCCUGGCUUGGGUCUCGGGGUUAAAGUGUCUUAAUAGCGUAGAUCACUCACCGUCACCUGUUCGAGCCAUGAGCUGUACGGUGCUAUUCACCAAAGAUAUGUCGCUAGGUUUUUAAAAUUCUCUCUCUAAUACAGGCGCUUUAAUUUGUGCUAAUUAUAAUUGCAGACUUUCAAAUGUGGAGUUUGCAGCCUGUCACUAUAUCUAUUCCUUGUAUGUUUUCCCAUAUCGUCACCGCCCCCACCCCCACCCCGCACCCAGAACAAAAAAAAAUCUAACUUUUCCAAGAAGUGUGACUCUAAAUUCUAGUUAGGUUUUUAAACUGCUGGUGAUCAUGACAUUGAUUACAACCAGAGGCAGAUUGGGAUUACUCCGCUGUGAGAGGGUGGGGUUCCUGGGAUCGUUGGUUCGGAGCGUGGGGCAUCCGUGGUGAACCUACAUUUAAUCAUUUCUAGUUUGAUUCGAUACUCACAUGAACAGACUAUUUAUUGCUGAUGGGAUUUGAUCCCCUGCCUCGCAUAAUCUGGAGGCGGAAACGUAUCAAUUAACAAGAUGAGCCUCAGCAUCCAUUCUAGUUAAAAUUUGGGUGUAUUUGUCUAUCGAAAUGGCGUUGAAUUAUCAUUUUUUCUAAUUGUAGAUCCAAUCCUGCUGCUACUUAAAAAUAACGUAUUUGCACCACAAAGUGCUGAAAGUACUUAACAAAAUGUUACUUAUUCGGGACUUUUGACUGGACUUUAGGACUGGGCGCUUUCUGGCAUGGAAAAUAUAAAAAGUUAUACAGUGUACAGUUAUUAACUAUGCAAUUGUAGCGAUGAAAAUGCCUUGUUUCUUGAAACAGUAACCGAUCGUUUUCAGUUAUUUAAGUACUGUUUGUAGCAAAUUGUACCCGGUCCUGCUGAAUAAUUUAGGACUGCUGCCCUAGGUGUGAAUCGAGGUGCGUUAACCCACAUAGAUAAAUUCUAAUGUAAGUACUUCACUAAUUUCCUGCAGAAUACUUUAUCUGUGCGGGCUUCCUUCUUUCUGCAGACUGCAUUUGAAAACAUUUCUUUGCACAAUACUUGCCAUUGAAAUGUUGAAUAAGAAAAUGUUAUUCAGAGAAUAUAUUAUUCUCCGGUCUGGAGAGGAACUGUUGAGCAAGAAUGCAGAUGAUUAAAUUGACCAUGUCUGGGUGGUCAGCGUUUCACCCAUCGUCCACUGUCGGAACUCACCGUUCGCAUGAUUCUUCUCUCUCACACACACACACACACACACACUCACACACACACACACACACACACACACACACACACACACACACACACACACACACACACACACACACACUCACACACACACACACUCACACACACACACACUCACACACACACUCACACACACACACACACACACUCUCUCUCUCUCCCUGUCUU